UGUGACUGGCUAGCAGGAUAAACAGUAUUAGCCUCUUAAAAAUUCAGUGACAGCAGACUUUUGCAUCUGUCAGACGGUGUGUCCUUACCAGGCAUUAGAUGGUGCUGGCCUCUUAUGCAAUGGGUAGCUAUUGCUUUAUAAGAAGUCGUUAUCUUCUUCGACAGGUCCCCUCCGGCCUGUCUGUCACACUGAACCGUCAGUACAGCCUCGAGAUUUCUCCGGGGCUCCUCCGGACGGAGAGCUUCAUUGAUGGUCGUUGGGUAUCUGCUCCUUCGACGUUCCAAGUGUUAGAUCCUGCAACUGGUAAUGAGCUAGCGAAGGUGUCUGACUGCGGUCCACACGAAGCUAAAGAAGCUGUCAAUGCCGCGUACAAGGCAUUUCAAACAUGGAAGUGUCAAACAGCAAAGGAGCGGAGUAACCUUCUGCGGAAAUGGUAUGACUUGCUAACACAGCACAAAGAGGACCUUGCCAAGCUCAUUACAGCAGAGGGUGGGAAACCCAUGAAAGAAUCCCUGGGUGAGAUAGCUUACUCUGCCUCUUUCCUGGAGUGGUUCUCUGAGGAAGCUCGUCGUGUCUAUGGAGACAUUGUUGCUACACCACAUAAGGAUCGGAAGGUCCUUCUACUUAAACAGCCACUAGGCGUGGCUUCAAUCAUCACUCCAUGGAACUUCCCCAGUGCCAUGAUAACAAGAAAAGUGGGUGCCGCCCUGGCUGCUGGCUGCACUGUCGUGGUGAAACCAGCUGAGGACACGCCUCUGUCCGCCUUGGCGCUUGCGGAGCUGGCCGCGCAGGCUGGGAUCCCACCAGGUGUGUUUAACGUGGUGCCCUGCUCCAGAGAGAAGACCCCUGCCGUGGGAGAGGUGCUCUGCACCGACCCUCUAGUUCAAAAGGUCUCAUUCACUGGCUCCACUGCCACAGGCAAGAUUCUUCUGAAGCAUGCUGCAGGGACUGUGAAGAGAGUGUCCAUGGAGCUUGGAGGACACGCUCCCUUUAUUGUCUUCGACAGCGCGGAUGUGGAUAGGGCUGUGGCCGGAGCCAUGGGCUCUAAAUUCAGGAACUCGGGUCAGACUUGUGUCUGCUCCAACCGCUUUUUGGUACAAAGCGGCAUCCAUGACACAUUUGUUGAGAAACUGGGGAAGGCCAUGGAUGCGGAACUGCGUCUAGGCCAUGGGUCUGAACCUACCACUACACAGGGUCCACUGAUAAAUGCCCAAGCUGCUGAGAAGGUUCAGAGGCAGAUUGAAGAUGCUGUGAGUCAAGGAGCUGUGUUGGUGAAAGGUGGAAAGCGUGUGGGAAAUUCCUUCAUGCAGCCCACCCUGCUGGUCAAUGUCUCCACCGAUAUGCUCUGUACCAGGGAGGAGACCUUCGGGCCCCUGGUCCCUGUGAUCAAGUUUAACACAGAAAAGGAGGCACUGGCCAUUGCCAAUGCAUCCAGGGUUGGCUUAGCAGGCUAUUUCUACUCUCAGGACAUUAGUCAGAUUUGGAGAGUGGCUGAGCAGCUGGAAGUUGGCAUGGUGGGGGUGAAUGAGGGUCUUUUAUCCACCCCCGAAGCACCGUUUGGAGGGGUCAAAGAAUCAGGUCUAGGUAGGGAAGGAUCAAAGUAUGGGAUUGAGGAGUACUUAGAUGUUAAAUACAUGUGUUUGGGUGGAUUAAGCCUGUGAAGACUCAUCUCUGCUCUGAAGCUCUGACCAGACAAACAUGAGGGAAGUCACAGUCAAAAAUCUCUCAUUACAAAAAAAAAAACAGAUCAAAGGCAAUCCAGAAAAAAAGCGACACAGAAUUAAACACAGUGAAUAAUUCUGCAGAAUAAAUGAUUUUCCACCACACCACAAAAUGAUAAAUAUGUUAACUCAAAACUAGAUUACAUCAGGUACGUCAGGUAUGAGAUAAAGGGAAAAUACAAAUUCUGAUGAUAUAAAUUCUAUGCUGUUUGCACCUCUUUGUGUAUUAGACGACCCAUAUUUUUUAUUAUAAGCACUGAGUAGUGUUAAUGGAAGCACACUGAAAUAACCUAGACCUGAACAUGGACUCAAGCCUUGUUUAACCAUAACCUUAACAAAAAGCGCACAGUUUAAAAUAGACAGACUUUUAUACUAAAUAUAUGUUCCUCAUGGUUUGUUGACCAGUGAAUUGAAAUGAACCUGUUAAGUCUAAUGUUUUGUUAAUCAUGCUAUUUUUAUAAGUAAAAAAUGAAUGUUUUAUCCUGUUAAAGAGAGUCCACUAUUGAUGUGACCUGUUAAUUAUUCUAACCGAUACAUGGUAAACACUGUGCUGUAAAAGUGUUUUAUUUCUUAGAUUAUGGUCUUCCUUUUUCUCUUGUCAGUGAUUGUUGGAAAUGCCAUGUCAGACGUUUUUCUUGUUGUUUUGUUGCCAAAUGUUCAUGCAUAAGUGCCAACCCAAAUGUUUAGGUUAGAAUGUCUUAAUAUCAGUUGUGUGUUUUAAAUUAAAAGCUUAAUUUAUAUGA